CUUAAAGCAAUUAAGAUUAAUGUAAUUAGCGCGAAAAGUGACUCCUGAGAGAGAACGAGAGAAAUAGAGAGCCCUCUGUUCACCCCUGUAGUAUCCGUGAAGAGGCACUCGUGUCGGCAUGCCUCGCCCCCGCGAUUGUAAACAGAUAUUUUCGCGUUAUUUUCACGGUGGUGGGUCGGUGGGUGUGCGCGUGCGCCGUUCCGUUGGCGGCAAAGCCGUAUGCUCGACCGGCGUACACCAGUCAGUUGACGUAGCCGCGUCGUCCACGUAACAAUAUGCUCCCAGUUCUCGCGAUCACGGUUCUCUGCAUCGCGACAUGGGCAUCCGCGUUGAACGAUCCGCUCUCAGAUUUACCCAGGUUCGGCACACCGCUCAACAACCUGACGGUAUCCGUGGGCCGCGAGACCGUUUUCACCUGCAUCGUGGAAAAUCUUGGCCCGUACAAGGUGGCGUGGCUACGCGUGGACACACAGACAAUUCUUACUAUAGCAACGCACGUUAUCACGAAGAACCAUCGGAUCGCCGUGACACAUAGCGGUCAUCGUAGGUGGUGCCUUCACAUUCGAGACACCAAAGAGACGGACAGGGGAUGGUACAUGUGCCAAGUUAACACCGACCCGAUGUCCAGCAACACUGGAUUCCUCGAAGUAGUCGUACCACCGGAUAUCCUGGACGACUCCACCAGCACGGAUAUGGAGGUGCGGGAGGGGAGCAACGUGACGUUGCGAUGCGCCGCGACCGGCACCCCGAAGCCGAAGGUCACGUGGCGUCGCGAAGUUGCAGGCACCCAGGCAAACUCGCACGAAGGCCAGGGCUCCGUGUUGAAGCUAACGCGUGUCACGCGUGCCCACAUGGGACCGUAUCUGUGCAUAGCGUCAAACGGUGUGCCGCCAGCAGUGAGCAAGCGGAUCGUCCUCAACGUUUACUUUCAGCCAAUGGUAUGGAUUGAAAACCAGUUAGUUGGCGCUUAUGAGGGUCAAACGCUCGUCCUAGAAUGUCACAGCGAGGCUUAUCCAACAGCAAUCACUUAUUGGACUAGGCCGUCUAACGAAACGAUUACGAAUGAUAAUUAUAAGGUUGAGACAAUUCCAAAGGGAUACGAGAUCACUAUGAAGCUUACUAUAAAAUCCGUACAACCUCAAGAUUUUGGAUCGUAUCGAUGUGUCGCGAGAAACUCAUUAGGCGAAAUGGACGGGAAAAUCAAACUGUACAAGAUCGAUAGAUCGCCAACGAUGCGUAGGCCAAGCACCAGACGAGACUCGAAGAAGAGUUGGAAGUUGGAUCACAAUCACGAGAGGAACACGACCGGCAUGAAAGACGAGCCGAUGACGAAAAUGAUCGAGAACGACGACGAACAGAUCGAUUUCCAAUCCGCGACCGCCUCGUCCCCGUUCCACUGCCAUCUGCUGACCAAUCUUGGAAUCAUGGCCAUCACCGCCAUAUUGGCCGGUGGUAUGUCAACGUAGACCCUUCUGUGAUCUCAGUUUUACGUAUGAAACUGAUCAAUUCGCGUCCGGAUGAGUUUUCAGGGUCGCUAGUCGCGAGAAUACUGGUAAUUAUUGCCGGAUUGCGACUCUAAUGUUAAUGGAGGACCAGUCGGUUCGAUGUUUCUCUUUACGUUCUUGUUCGCGAGAACAUUCCAUGGAUUUGGAAAGAAAGGUGCCGAGAGAUUGAAAGAAAAAAAAGUGUCUUCUGAGAGCAAGAUCGCCUAGAACGAAGCUUGAGAGAAUGCGCGUUCCUCUUAUACGAAAGAUUCCAUUCGUUCUUUAACCCUUUAGCGCGAGUAUAUGGCUCGAGAAGAAUGUUGCAUAUUUAUGGAAAGUAUGAUAGAUAAAAGACGCUAGUGUUUUAUAAGAUCCUUUUUUGUUAGAUAUUUACGUGUUAAUAUAUAUUUUUUUGAAUAUUAGUCUAAUAUUAAUCA